UGUCAAUGUCAUAUUUUAGCGGUAACUUGUGUUGCCGGGAGGCGGUAAUAUUGCACGUUUUAUUGAUUGAAGUUAUAAAAUUACUAUUUCACGAAAUACAUCGAAUGUGUUCAGAUAAUUAAAAGCAAGUUCAGUUUGCUACAUUAAUUAAAAUCAAUAUAUAAUUAUAAAUUAAGCCUACCUCGACCAAUAACAUUCCAAACACGAAUCAAGAUUUUGUUUUGGACCUUUAUCACUUUCUCAAUAAUGUCUAAAGUAAAACUUAACCUGAUCGUUGCAGCGUGUGAAAACAUGGGGAUUGGAGCCAACGGAACUCUUCCUUGGAGAUUAAAGAAAGAAAUGGCAUACUUCACAACAAUGACAACCAAAGUGUCAUCUCCGGACCGGGUGAAUGCAGUAAUAAUGGGCAGAAUCACUUGGGACUGUAUACCGGACAAGUAUAGACCGUUGGCCAACAGGGUGAACAUAGUGAUGACUCGGCAGGUUGACAAUCUGAAUAAUAAGGUCCCUGAAGGUGUAAUAGUAGUUCCUAGUUUGGAUGAGGCCAUUAAAUACAUUGACAAUCGGCCGGACAUUGAGAGCACAUGGGUCAUAGGAGGAUCUUCCAUAUACGAGGCAGCCAUGGCCCACCCAAAUUGCGGCAAGAUCUACCUGACAGAAAUCCAGAAGUCCUUCGACUGUGACACUUUCUUCCCGAACAUUGACAAACAGCAGUUCCACCUGGUCAAUGAAGAGGAGAUUCCUGAGGAGAGGCAGGUGGAGGGAGAUAUUAGCUAUUUCUUUAGGGUUUAUAAGAGACUUUAAACUUAUGGUUACUAAAACACCCCCUUUCACACCACUCCAGAGGUGUUAAAUGCGCGUUGCCGACCCUAACAACGCACCCUCGUUGAGCUGUUUUCCUUUUUUUAAUCAUAAGCCAUAAAGUACUGCAAAAAUUACGCAGUAAUUACGUUAAGGGCAGGCUAUGGCCGAUUGGCGGUCAAAGGGUUAAAAUUAAGCUAGCCUUUGGAUGUUUAUACCGGGUGUUUCCUGUAACACGAGCAAAUAAUUUAACCAUAUAUUGUACUCGUAAAACGAUACAACUUUAAAAAAUUAUGAAAUAUUUAGAUUUUAUCUUUUUAAUGCAAAUUUAAUAUUAUUUUCAAUGUACGCUGACAUCAGUGUGUUUGACGUUGCUUGUCACGCUUUAAACAUAACAAAAUUCGUAUAAUAAAAAUCAAAACAAGUUAUUUUUGAAAGUUGUUAAACAAACGUUGGUCAGUUUGAGGAGUACAGCCUACAGUUUAAUUUAUUGCUCCUGUUACAGGAAACACCCGGUAUAAUGUUAACAUUAUUUGCCAGAAUGUUGUCAUUUGAUAAGGUGUUAUAUUUUGUAUAUUAGCAAUAAAGUUAUUUUUGCAUUGGC